AUGUCCAGCCCAGCUGCUAGACACCGAGUGUCUGGUCAACUUAUCUGUAGGCUCCCUUUAACUGUGUUGGGUAAAUCCCCCUUGAGCACCCUUGACCUAUCAUCUGUACGGCGUCUUAAUGGGGAGCGAAAUCCUUCCCUCAAGUCAUACGUCUUUUUUAGAUCUAUCUUUCGGGUUCUGCCACUGUUCCUUGUUCUGUCGCCGGUGAAUUCGUCUAGUUGUUCAGUGAGAAAUAAGACAGAAGAAAUCCGUGCGAAGUAUGAGAAUGUACUAAUCCACGACAUCAGUGAGCUGGUAAAUAUGUCUGCAGAGUAUCGUGACAGGUGCUGCAGGAAUAAAAAACAGGAAAAUCCCAAAGUGUUCUUCUGCAAUGAUACUCAGGAAAUAGAGUCACUACAGAGUAUGGCGUGCAACAUGCUUAAAUUCUUUAAUAAGCAAAAAAUCAACAAAGACUUUAGAUGGAAAGCUACAUCAGUCUCAUGUGGGACAUUAAACAUCCUAGAGUGCAGAUGUGAAAGACACAAAAAAGAAAAGAUUUGCAUAUUGCUAAAUAGACAUAAUAAAGAAGACACAGGAUCAGCAGAGCACUCAAAAAAGAAAUGUAACCAAGAGUUUUGUGAACUGAAAGAAAAUAUAUCUAGCCUUCGAUCCUGCUGGAAUAAAUUUGGAAAAAUAAUUUCCAGGUGA